AUGUCGUUCAUACAAUGCAGUCUGGACAGGAUCCCGAAAACAGAGUCGAUCCGCAAACAGAGCGGCAUCCCUUUUUACAUAGUCUACACCCCACAAUACGCUCCGGUCCAAAAAAUUCCGACAGAGAAAUUGGCAAGGUGCUCGAAAUGUCGGGGGUAUAUGAAUAAAUACAACACACUUAUUGCACCUAACAAGUGGCAGUGUUGUUUAUGUGACACUAUUAACACAGAGAAAUCGAUAUAUUAUGACUUGAGCGAGGGAACACAAAAGUACCCCGAACUAUCAGUAGAGUCUUUUGAAAUAGUCACUGAUACAAAUUUCACGAGAAGACCGAUGCAAGAUGUCUGUGUUGUUUUUGCAGUUGAUUCGAUACUCUGGGAGUCAACAAAGACCAUCAUCAAAGACGCUGUUAUUAAGUUGAGUGAGAAGACCAAAGUUGGUAUAUUGGUGUAUGGCAGCAAUGUUUCUCUGAUUAAAGUAGUACGUGGGAAGUAUAGUGUUGAUGUUUUUGUUGAAGAACCCGAUGACAUUAUAUGUAAUGUAGAGACAUAUCUCACUAAAGCGUGUGAUCUUACUAAAGUGCUUGACUUGUUUGAUACCAUCAGCUUUCCUGCAAGUGUGAAUCAAAGUGUUUUUGGGCUUGCGAUGAAGACGGUCAAUUGCCUUCUAGGAAGUCGUGGAGGGAAAGUCAUAUGUAUCCAUGGGAGUCAACCAACAGGACAAGGGUCUUUACAAUUAGACUCUGAGACUCUUGAUUCGACACAUUCAGAGUAUUACACUGACUUAUCUGUGUUAAUGAACAAUAACAUGAUCACAAUCGACUUGUUUUUGAGUCUUCAUACCUCGUACGAUACUGCUACGUUAUGCGACUUUGUUCGACGGACUGGUGGGAGGACACACGUCAUCUCGAAUUUUGGGGUCUUACGUCACACGAUGACGAGAGAUAUAGUACAGAGUGUAUGUCGCGAGGCGGUGUUCCGAGUGAGGACGACAGAGAACAUGACGACGGUCACUCGAUAUGGAAAUUUCAAUAUGAGGAAUAACGACUUACUAGCAGUUCCAUGUGUCGAGCCGAGUUCGUGUCUUGUUGUAGAGUACGAAAUUUUGAGCGACUUCUCGUGCACCAAGUUUUAUAUACAAACUGUCUUUCUGUAUACUAAUGAGAACAAAGAGAGAGUGUUGCGUAUUCAAACGACUUGGUUGCCAUAUGGUAACGCUCCCGAGAUCAAUUGCACUGCGUUGACGAUCGCGUGCAGUAAUGUUUGUGUGGAAAUUGCGAAGAAAAAAGGGAUCCUCGAAGCUAAAAAGUACUUAGAGCAAAUUGCGCGAAACGUCCCGAAGUACUGCAAAGACAGAGACCAAGUGCGUUAUAAUCUGUUUUGCCUCUUAAAGUCGCCUAUAUUGAAAAUGGAGAAGAAUUACAUCACCGCGGCGCAUCUGCGGGAAAUGCGCGGGAAUUCACAAUUUCCGAUUCCGGUGUUAUACACUCUCGAUAGCUUCGGCGGAGUGAAAAUAGUGUCUUUGAGUCAGAGCGAAGUGACGGGGAAACUUUGUAUAUUUGUCUUUGGCGAUUAUGUCACGAUUUGUGUCGACAAAACAGUCGAGAAGAAAGUUCUUAAGAAAGUCUUUGGAGUAACAACUAUUACGGAAAUAGCAGAAAACUUCCAUAUUACUGAAGACAAGAAUGAGGUGGCAGAAAGUCUAUUACAAAUACUUAAGAGUAUGGGGGAAAGAUGCGUGACGGUCGAUUGCUCGGAGAAAUGGAAGGAAUGGCUUGUUGUAGAUCCGAAACCGGAUAACACAUGGGAUUACCAAAGCUUUAUAUUAAGUUUGGGUGCCGAUUAA